GCACUGGUGUAAAAAACACUCUUAUAUUGUGGGACGGAGUACUUGCUUAGGCAAACCCCAGCGGACAAUGUACACUAGCAGUUUCAUCGCUGGAGACUGUCAACAAAAGAGAGACAAUUUAACUGAGCAAAACCAGUUGAAAGAAGAUCCCCCUCCCCUCCCCUUCACCGUCGUCACCUACAUCCCGCUCGACAUCCUCAAGUUCAUCAUCCGCUACGCCCUCAGCGGCAGGGCAUGGAACAACAUCAACAACAAGACGGCCUUCACCAACAAGAAUGACUACGGCAAGCUGGAGAGGAAGGCGCAGUGGGCGACGGCACAGAGGACGCUGCACGGCCUCAACCAGGGCAGUAGCAACUCGGAAAUGUUCACCGACAAUAACGGCUACCGCGAGCUCUCGGAGAUCGCCGAGCAGUCCGCCAAGCGGGCGGAGGUGGCCAGGCUCAGGGAACUGCACACGCUCAAGGGCCACGUCGAGUCGGUCGUCAAGCUCAAGGGGCUCGACAUCGAGACAAUAAACCAGAGCUACACGGUAUGAUCGUCGACGAACCUCCUCCUCCUCGUCGGCGAUAGGCAGGGCAGCGAUAUCUACACCUCUAAGU